ACAUGAGGGAGCCGGACUAUACUCCCGCCAGCAUCUAUGAGAUCGAUGUUAGGGUAUUCUUCCUCCAUCCAACUCGCGUUUGUUUUCAUAGAUCGAUUGGUGAUCACAGGACAAACACGGCCAAAAAGUUUCCAUGAGCAAAUACAGAGACAAGGGUCUUUUGAUCGUCAAUGUCGCCACAAUGUCGGCGUUUGCUUCAAGCAUGUACAAGGAGCUCAACGAGCUCCACGUAAAAUACGUGGACGAAGUCGUGAUUCGCCAGGGCUAGAGAUUUUGGCAUUCCCGUGCAACCAAUUCGCUGCGCAAGAGCCACUCAGGACGGAAUAUCUUCAAGAGACAGUCUCUUCUCGAUUUGGGCCACACUUCCCACUCUUUGAAAGGGUGGAUGUAAAUGGCCCAAACACCGCAGUUCUCUUCAGGUACCUCAAGGACAAGAGCGAUGGCGAUCGAAUUCGCUGGAAUUUCACAAAGUUUUUGAUCAAUCGAACUGGUGGAAUUGCUGGGAGAUACGCCCCUCACAUACCACCAUACAAAUUGGAGAUAUCAAGAGCCUCUUGGCUGUGGAGCUCCCAUUUGAGGAAGAAAAGAGAAAGAAUGCCCCCGAGGAAGAAGAACAGGAGGAAGAACCCUAAAACGUUUAUAAUGUAGGAGGGAAAAU